CAUUCAUUUCAAAUCAUGAAACGCCCCUUCAUGGACCACAGGGGAGAACAGUCACCUACCGAUGGGACCACCCUCAACUUGACCAGCCCUGAGUCCACUGAGGAGAGUGUGGAAGUAUGCUAGCCAGGGACCAUACAGAAAGAAGAGUCACCCCACCCACGGCCGGGGCCUGCCAUUCCCUGGGAGGAGGGCCUCUACUUCACUGCCAGGGCCCUAGGGAUGUUGGGCUAGAGCAGCUCCCCGUCUUCAGAGUCCUCCGAGUACCAGUCGUGCUGCUCCUGCAUGUGCAACGAGGACAACGCUGCCCCGCAGAGUGUGUGUGCCUUCUACACGCAUGUGCAGACCGUGCGGGGCCUGGCAGUGGCCUGUGAGACCGAGGCAGGCUUCCAGCCCAUCAGCAGGAAGCCCUGAAUCCAUAAAGCCCAGUUCAUCAAGAGGCAGAGGAGGAAAGGCUCCUCCUUCAAGAUGGCUUCCGACACCGACCUGCAUUGGGACCUGGAGGCCUGCAAGAGCAAUUGCAGACCUGAGCCUGAGGACACAGAGCUGCUGGAGUGUUGCUCGCAGGAGGCGGUACGGGAGCCCCCGGACUGGCUGGUCACCACUGACUAUGGGCUGCACUGCCUGGCCUGCUGCCGGGUCUUCCCCUCCCUGGAUGCUCUGUUGGAGCAUGUGCAGCAUGGCAUCCAGGAGGGCUUCAGCUGCCAGAUCUUUUUUGAGGAGAUGCUGGAGAGAAGGUGGGCUCAGGGCCAAGCACAUGACCAGCAGCCAGAGGAGGAGCAGAGCCCUUCAGACAACAGCGAAUGUUCCUGGUCCCGAGGAGAGGUGCUCCCAGCACAGCAGCAGGAGAAGCAGCGAGCCGGAGGGAAGAUGCCCACCCCUGCCCUCACCUCCAGUGCCUGGGGCUGCUCCUUCCCUAGCCAGCAGGAUCAGAGCCACUCAGUCAGGGAAAGAGGAUGA